AUGGCGGCCGCAGUUCAGCGCAAUUAUCUCAUCACAGGCUCCGGCCGUGGCAUCGGUCGAGGUCUCAGCCGCCUUCUUCUUGGAAAAGGCCACAAAGUGUUCCUACUCGACAAUAAUGAAGAGGAGCUGAGCAACACAACUUCGUUGCUCUCCAAAACCCAUCGUGCGGGCAAGGACUUCGACUCUUCGAUUUGCAACCUCAGAAACCCGAAAGACAUCGCGUCUGCACGAGACAAGGCCAGCCAACUCUUCGCAGGCAAGCUGGAUUGUGUGAUCAAUAAUGCAGCGAACACCAACGCCGUCGGCGCCCAAAACCUCGCAGAUAUCUCCCUAGAAGACUGGAACGCGUCCAUCGAGACUAACCUCACUGGUCCCAUGCUCGUGAGCCAAGCCUGUCUACCACUGCUAUCAAAAGGCAGCUGCAUCAUCCAUAUGUCCUCCACACGAGCCUUCAUGAGUGAGCCGAACAACGAGGCCUACUCGGCAACCAAAGCUGGCCUGUUGGGCUUGACGCAGUCGAUGGCUGUGAGUCUCGCACCGCAGGGGAUUCGUUGUAAUGCGAUUCUGCCAGGCUGGAUUAAUGUUACGAAUGAGUGUAAGCAGGCGGAUGAGAGUAGGCAGGCUUGGGAGGAGGGAUUGACGGAGGAGGAUCAUGGGUGGCAUUUGACGGGACGCGUGGGAAAGGUCGAGGAUGUGUUGAAGGCUGUGGAGUACCUGGCCGAGUCUGAUUUCGUGACGGGAGCUGAAGUGGUCGUUGAUGGUGGUGUGACGAGGAAGAUGGUGUAUCCUGAGUAA